AUGAGGAGUGCGGGGCGGGAUCCUUCGCCGCGGCGGAGUCCAAGAUGGCGGCGUGCGGUUCCGCUGUGUGAAACGAGCGCGGGGCGGCGGGUUAAUCAGCUCCGCGGAGACGACCUCCGACGACCCGCAACAAUGAAGGGAAAAGAGCGCUCGCCAGUGAAGGCCAAACGUUCCCGUGGUGGUGAGGACUCGAUUUCCCGCGGGGAGCGGAGCAAGAAGUUAGGGGGCUCUGGUGGCAGCAAUGGGAGCAGCAGCGGAAAGACCGACGGCGGCGGCGGGUCGCGGCGGAGUCUACAUCUAGACAAGUCCAGCAGCCGAGGUGGCAGCCGCGAGUAUGACACUGGUGGGGGCAGCUCCAGUAGCCGCUUGCAUAGUUACAGCUCCCCAAGCACCAAAAAUUCCUCGGGCGGGGGCGAGUCGCGCAGCAGCUCCCGGGGUGGAGGCGGGGAGUCACGUUCCUCAGGGGCCGCCUCCUCAGCUCCAGGCGGCGGGGAUGGCGGGGAAUACAAGACCCUGAAGAUAAGCGAGUUGGGUUCCCAGCUAAGUGACGAGGCGGUGGAGGACGGACUGUUUCACGAGUUCAAACGCUUCGGUGAUGUGAGUGUCAAAAUAAGCCAUCUCUCGGGUUCUGGCAGCGGGGAUGAGCGGGUAGCUUUUGUGAACUUCCGGCGGCCAGAGGACGCGCGGGCGGCCAAGCAUGCCAGAGGCCGCCUGGUGCUCUAUGACCGGCCUCUGAAGAUAGAAGCUGUGUAUGUGAGCCGGCGUCGCAGCCGCUCCCCUUUAGACAAAGAUGCUUAUCCUCCGUCAGCCAGCGUGGUCGGUGCCUCGGUAGGCGGUCACCGGCACCCUCCUGGGGGUGGCGGAGGCCAGAGAUCACUUUCCCCUGGUGGCGCUGCCUUGGGAUACAGAGACUACCGGUUGCAGCAGUUGGCUCUUGGCCGCCUGCCCCCUCCUCCUCCGCCACCAUUGCCCCGAGAGCUAGAGAGAGAACGAGACUACCCGUUCUAUGAGAGAGUGUGCCCAGCAUACAGUCUUGAGCCAAGGGUGGGAGCUGGGGCCGGUGCUGCUCCUUUUAGAGAAGUGGAUGAGAUUUCACCCGAAGAUGAUCAGCGAGCUAACCGGACGCUUUUCUUGGGGAACCUAGACAUCACUGUGACAGAGAGCGAUCUAAGAAGGGCUUUUGAUCGCUUUGGAGUCAUCACAGAAGUAGACAUCAAGAGGCCUACUCGCGGCCAGACCAGUACUUAUGGCUUUCUCAAGUUUGAGAACCUAGAUAUGUCUCACCGGGCCAAACUAGCCAUGUCUGGCAAAAUUAUAAUUCGGAAUCCUAUCAAAAUUGGCUAUGGUAAAGCUACACCCACCACCCGCCUCUGGGUAGGUGGCCUAGGACCUUGGGUGCCUCUUGCUGCCCUGGCACGAGAGUUUGACCGAUUUGGCACCAUACGUACCAUCGACUACCGAAAAGGUGAUAGCUGGGCAUAUAUCCAGUAUGAAAGCCUGGAUGCAGCUCAUGCUGCCUGGACCCAUAUGAGGGGCUUCCCACUUGGUGGUCCAGAUCGACGCCUUAGAGUAGAUUUUGCAGAUACAGAACAUCGUUACCAGCAGCAAUAUCUGCAGCCUCUGCCUUUGACUCAUUAUGAACUGGUGACAGAUGCUUUCGGACAUCGGGCACCAGACCCUUUGAGGGGUGCGCGGGAUAGGACACCACCUUUACUAUACAGAGAUCGUGAUAGGGACCUUUAUGCUGACUCUGAUUGGGUGCCGCCCCCACCCCCAGUCCGAGAACGCAGCACUCGGACUGCAGCUACUGCUGUGCCUGCUUAUGAGCCACUGGAUAGCCUGGAUCGCAGGAGGGAUGGCUGGGCCUUGGACAGGGACAGAGGUGAUCGAGAUCUUCCCAGCAGCAGAGACCAGCCUAGGAAGCGAAGGUUGCCUGAGGAGAGUGGAGGACGGCAUCUGGAUAGGUCCCCUGAAAGCGACCGCCCACGAAAACGUCACUGUGCUCCUUCUCCUGACCGCAGUCCAGAAUUGAGCAGUAGCAGGGAUCGUUACAACAGCGACAACGAUCGAUCUUCACGUCUUCUUCUCUUGGAAAGGCCCUCUCCAAUCAGAGACCGGCGAGGUAGUUUGGAGAAGAGCCAGGGUGACAAGCGAGACCGUAAAAACUCUGCAUCAGCUGAACGGGAUAGGAAGCACAGGACAACUGCUCCCACUGAGGGAAAAAGCCCUCUGAAAAAAGAAGACCGAUCUGAUGGGAGUGCACCUAGCACCAGCACUGCUUCAUCUAAACUGAAGUCCCCUUCCCAGAAGCAGGAUGGCGGAACAGCCCCAGCAGCAACAGCCUCUCCCAAACUCUGUUUGGCCUGGCAAGGCAUGCUCCUACUGAAGAACAGCAACUUUCCUUCUAAUAUGCAUCUGUUGCAGGGUGACCUCCAAGUGGCUAGUAGUCUUCUUGUAGAGGGCUCAACCGGAGGCAAAGUGGCCCAGCUUAAGAUCACUCAGCGUCUUCGUUUGGACCAGCCCAAGUUGGAUGAAGUAACUCGACGCAUCAAAGUGGCAGGGCCCAAUGGUUAUGCCAUUCUUCUAGCUGUGCCUGGAAGUUCUGACAGCCGGUCCUCCUCUUCCUCGGCUACAUCAGACACUGCCACCUCUACUCAGAGGCCGCUUAGGAACCUUGUGUCCUAUUUAAAGCAAAAGCAGGCAGCCGGGGUGAUCAGCCUCCCUGUGGGGGGCAACAAAGACAAGGAAAACACCGGUGUCCUUCAUGCCUUUCCACCUUGUGAGUUCUCCCAGCAGUUCCUGGAUUCCCCUGCCAAGGCACUGGCCAAAUCUGAAGAAGAUUACCUGGUCAUGAUCAUUGUCCGUGUUUUUGUUUUUAACCUGAGCUUCAAAAAAAAUCCUCAAAGUUACAACACUAAAAUUUUGAAGUCAAAAUUUGGAGAAAAGAGUCAACUGUGUAAAAAUGGUGAUGUCCACCUAAAAAUGGCUUCAUUGGUGUGUAGGUAAAUAAUUCUUGUACCAGAAAUGUUAUUUGUAUGACUAAAAUUUGAUCAGGGAUCUCAAAAGUAUAUGCUGGUAAAUUGUAUGGCAGUGUAAUUAUUUCAAUCAGGUAUUUGAAUAUUUCUCUUAGGAUACAGUUUAUUCCCAGAGUUUGCUUUAACAUGCAUUUUUUUUUUAAAUCAUUAGUUCUUGAGUUCUGUAUCCCAUACAUGCACUUUUGGUUUGUAGCUGUAACUGUUCAGUAAAAAUUGAGGACUGUGUUACAAACCAUAUGUCUUAUGCUUACACUAGUAUGCAAGAAGUGAGUAGGUGCUUUUAAAAUCAGAAUUCUUUGGUCAGUUAUUGGUGCGUGGUGGUGUUUUUACUGACUUUUUCAGAGCGGUGUAGCAGAUACAGUUCUCAUUUAAUUGUGCAUAUUUCAAAACUAAGUGUUCAUCAAAGAUGAGUUUUUGUAUCCAUUCAAAUUUCUGGUUUCAAUAAUAGAAAGAAGAGUUGUCUGCAGGCUCAUAAGUCAUCUUUUGUUUCAGUGGGCAUUAAUCAGCCAUAUCUGGAUUGCAGAAUUUUUUUUAAAGUCAUCAGAAAAUGCCUUUGACAUACUGCUUUAAAAUUUUGCUUGUAUUUUUAUAUCUAAAUAGUAAUGGUGACAUUACAUUAUUGAAAACAUUUUGAAUUAUCUUUGAAAUUUCAUGUUGAAUAUUUUCACUGGUGUCCAGCCACAGAGAAUUGAAAUGUCAGUGUAGGGAAGCUGUUUUUUAUUGUUUUGUUUUCCCAGACACCUGAAAUUAAUACAAGAUCAUUUAACCCACCUUCAGUGUUUUUUUCCAAAGCUGAUAAUGAUAAUGACUUUUGCUUCUCAGCAGGGCUUCUACAGCUUAAUAGUGAUGGAUGAUUUCUUGUUUUUUGUUUUUUCACCUACUCCUACACCCUCACUCCUAGUUUGUCAGGUCUUUAGUAGUAAGUAUAUUUUUAUCCCUUGGGUUUUUGUUUUUUGUUUUUGUUUUUUUCCCCCCCCAACACAGUUUGAUCUCCCUUGAUUUAAACGCUGAGGACUUCACCUAAGGCCCUUGAUAUUUAAUUAUGAUUAGAAACUUUAGGACCUUCUGGAUCAGGGUCAUGUUUCUAUUCUGUGAAAGUGACUUAUUCGAAGCCUGGCAGAACCCAGCUGUUUUCUUUCUGUUAUCAAAGCUGGUGGUUUUGAAAUAGCACCAAUAAUAACCCAGGGAAAUGUCAUAUAAUUUUUAUAUUCCAUUAUGACAGGUGUCUAAUGCAUGUCAGCACGAAAGCCUCAUCACUGCUGUGUCAUCCCUUUGGAUUUUCGCUGUGCAUUUAUAAGUUUGGAGGUUUUUGUGGGUUUUGUUUGUUUUUAAACUGGAAAAACUAGCUAUUUUGAGAGAAGGAAGGUACUAGCUAUGAGCACAAAGGUCAUGGAUGUGCCUGUAAGGGAAAAUACCUGAAAUCCUACAAUUAAGACUUGAUGCUUUUUGCUUUCAAAAAGCAGUGCUUGGCGUAAGAGUAGACACCUGUUCAGAAACUAAUGCAAGUGUAGAGUCUAUGCAUACAUGGGCUCAAAGUACAAUUUGUCACUAGAUAUAUUUUUCCAGUUUAAAUAAUCUCACUAACCAUAACUUUUGAAUAUCUUUUGAUAAGAUGGUUGGACAAAUGAUUUUGCUCUUUCAGAGAGUGAAGUCCAUGACAUCUAAUUUUAUAAUAAUCCAAAAUGUGUGUGGUUUUUCCCUUUUUUCUUUUCCUUUUUUUUAAGUUCGUGUGACAGCUUACUGAAGAGUACUGUGGUUUUUGCUCCAUGUUUGUUUGAAUCCUUAUCUGACAUUGCUGCAUUUGUUAGAUCUGGGCAAUUUGUGCUUCUGUGUUUUUGAAACAAUGGCUUGUUACCAUUUCUAAAUGUAUGUAUUAUAAAAAAACUAAUUAUGUUUAGUUUGGUGCUUACCUACAGCGUGCCAUCGUCCAGAUGGAUCUCUUACAUGUGUUGCCCAUUCUAUUGUGCGGGUUCAUAGUAUCCAUAAAGUAUCUACUUAAGCCUUCAGAAUUUGAAUGAAAGCAAAAGUCUAAAACUGGUUCUAAUUCUCAUUAGCCAGAAUCCCAGCAUUGGGUGUUCUUUGUAACAACCAAUUUUUUUUCUAUCGUUUCUCUUUAAUUAUUUUAAUAUAGUUGAUUUUUCUGGAACAUAGUCAAAAUGAAUGGGAAGAAAAUUUCUUUAGUGUAUCAUUUAAUGACUUAUUAAGUAUUAUUGGUAAAAACAAGAUAAUUAAGACUUUUAGAUCACAACUUUCAAAGUUUAUGGAAAAGCAAGCAAUCACUCAGCACCUAGCCAAUAAAUAGUUCCACUUAAUUUUUUGGUAUUAUUUUGUUGAUUGUAACUGGGAUUCCCAUAAAGAAUUUUUCACACAAAAAUUUAAAUUCCUGGUUUAAGAUGUGUACUUUGACUCUCAACUGAGAGUGGAUAGAGUUUUUCUUCAAAUGAUCACAUGUUAAAAUGUCCUCCUCUGGCUGUUAUAAGCUUUUGUUACAUUUUGAAGGUAAAAUAUACUCUGACCCUUCUUGACUCCCUUAGAUCAUUUGAGGUACAGUAGUGAAAGUCAGAUGUUUGGUGGUUGCUUUCAGGGUCAGACACUGUUUAGGUUUAUUUAAGAACUAUAUUAUGAGCAGGUUUUCACUGAUAAUGCUUUUUUUAAAAUUUAAGUCCACUUGGUUUAGACAGUGAAAUUGCUCAUUAUGCAGGUACAGCUUGAACUGCAGUUUGUGUCCAUAUAAGAACCAUUCACCAAAAACUGUGUGGUAACAGAAUUAGGAAAUCCUCUUGAGAAGAGGGCCUUAAUGACCUUUUAUGUGAAAAAAUUUCCUGCAGAGAAUUUCUGGACAUUUUUUUUUUCUCUCUCUGCCACAGUGUUUGGUUUUGAGAUAGGAGUUAGGUAUGAGAACAAGAAGAGAUGACAAGUGGAGCUGACCCUGUUAUAGAGGUUAUGGUGGUGUCCCUAAAGGGAGAAAAUGGUUUCAGUUAACCACAGUGAAAUGUUAAGCAUAAUGAAGAGUUCUAUAUGAAUGAUCUAAACAGAGUUGAAAAGUGAGAGUCCUGAAGUGUUCUUUGGCUGUUUAGCAAUUAUUUGUAUGAGUGUUUUCUUAAAAUAAUGGCUGCUGUCUUUGGUAACACAGAUGAAGGUGGAUUUUUAAACGACUUUGUAUCUUGACCCCUUUCUACAAUAAUAGUCUGUGUUGCUCCAUAUAAAUUACAGAAUGAUAAUAGAUGGGGUAAAGUUCGACUAAACGUCACCUUUUUAUGGUUUCACUUUUUAAGUUAUAUUUAGAAUAUAUUGAUAGAUUAUAAAUUGAAUGUGAACUUGCUUUUUUUGAAUUUUUUUGACAUGUUUUACUCAGUUAAAUGAGUAUAAAGGAUAUUUUCAGUCCUAUAAUCCUCAAUUGCAGUCUUUAAAAAAAACCCAAACCCCACCAUAUUGUUCUACUUGUUAUUUGUCCAUUCAUAUAGUAAAUUCAUUUGAAGGUUUGUGCCAGUGGGUAUUAUUGGUGCUUUUUGAAGUCGAGGUGGACUAUUCAGGAAGGUCUUGUUAAUGUUAUGUUCAUCUAAAAUGGCAUAGGGGAAAUAUAUAUAUUUUUAAUAUUGUAAACAUUUGUACUGAAUAACCUUUUUUUCCCCCCCGCAAGCAAAACUGGUGAACAGCGGAUGAAGAUUUGGAAUUCAAAGCUAUAAUGGACCUUUUUGAAGAGAAGUUGUGGCUUAUGUGGAGUUUACAUGGGCCGCUGAUGGAAGAAAGCUAAUCUGUUUAGUAUUUGUGCAUUUUACUAAAAUGGCAGCUUAAAGUUGUGUAUCUGCUAUUGUGAUGCCAAUGCCGGUGUUUUAAGUGGAAAAAAAUGACCUCUUUGCUUUGUGCUGUGUACACAAGAUUUCUGGAAAAGUAAAGAAAAACCCUUUUUAUGGCUCACACAGCUUAAAAGUAGCUGUCACUCAAACAUGCGCUCACAGUUGAGCUGCUUUUGUUUUAUUCUAAAUAAAUUGUUUCUUUUGAGGAAAA